AGAGUGCUGCCUCCUAUGGCUGAUGCCAGCACACAGGUCACGGCUCAAUCUGAAAUCAUCAACUUCACCAGCAACAGCACUGCGUCUACAGCAGUGCAGGUAGCCACUGUGAUGAAGUGGUUGACAUUCGGCAUCGGGUUGCCUGUCCUCGUCCUGGCCCUUUAUGCCCUCAAGAACCUCUCCAAAGGUGAGAGCAAGGUUCCCAUGCACAUCAUGUUCCUCCUGGUGUCGGACAUCAUCAGCUUCUUCAGUCGUCCCUCUGUGGAUCAUAGCAUGGAAGCUGACCCGGUCUUCUCCAGCAAUGGCACAGACAUCAUCUUUUACUUUGGGAUCAUUUCCAACAUCUCCCUCAUGCUGUUCAUAGCCCAGGAGCGCCAUCUGCUGGUGGCCUACCCACAGUGUCUUGGCUGUUACACCAGUAUCAGACAGUCACCUGCAGUGACCUUCCUGGCAUGGGCCAGUCCUUUCGCCAUGCUCACCCUCGCCUUGCUAGGCUACAACCUGUGGUUUGCCGUCUCUCUGCUCGUUCCUUUUCCCGUCCUCCUUUUUUUCGCUGUGGAUUCCUGGCGGGCGCUACACUGCUCCCGAUCCAACCCGCCAAGCCCAGAGAAGAGGAGGACAGUGUUUGGCAUCGGGGCAAUCUGGGCCAACUACACUUUCCUUUAUGCCCCCUUUAUCCUCAGCAUCCUCUUGGAGGCUCUGUCCUUCAAGGAUAAAGUCCCCUACCUGGUGCAGGUGUCUCACCUGCUUCUCUACCUCAGCCCGCUGGUAGACCCCUUCCUUUAUAUCUUCAUGACCAAGGGUCCAAAAGAGGUACUGCGAGCUCUACCCUGCUGUCAAAAAUUACAAAAGAAAGAAAACACGACACCCACAGUAGAAACUGUGGCUGAAACUGUAGAAACAAGACUUUGAAGACAUGUAUGUUCAGUAUCUCUACAUUGUGAGGAUCCUGUUCUCUCAGUGGGAUGAAUUAACCCCCUGUUGGACUUCUUUAAUUAACAAAUAAAAUGUAAUGGAAAAUAAUUCUAUACAUUUUUAGGACUAAAGAUGCUAUUCAUUGCAAAAUAUGCUCAAAAAUUGAGCAAUGGGAACAAAAUCAGUUUCAAUAAAUCUACUUUGAUAGCACCUGCUUUGUUGAUGUGAGAAAUAUUUAUCUCCAGAUGAACCUCAAAUUAGGAGUAAAAACUAUUGACCUACUGUGGAUUCUUGCUGGAACCGGACUCGGACUGAAUGUCUUUUACAAUCUUUAACCAAUUUUUCUGCUUGUUGACAAUGAAGACUCAACACGUUCAUUGGCCAGAUUCUCCUUAUUCAGAGUUUCAGUGUCAGGCGAAUGCUGCAGAUUUGGUUUCUAAUCAUUCUUUAUCCUUCCUGUGUUUUUUUCCUUUAUCCUGUGAUCCUCCUCUACGGUCAGAUUGAGACCAAGUGAAGUAAGAACCUAGCAAAAUGUUUCUAUAAGUCUGACUAGACAUAAACUACAUUGCCAAAAGCCUUCGGUCAUUCCUUCUGAUCAGCGAAUUCAGGCUUGGGACACUUACCUGUUUCAAGCUAUUUUACAAAAGGCAAAACUAAAGGUUUAGUCUCAUUCAAAUAUAUCAGGAUAAAUUUGGCAAGAUAUGAACAGUUACAUUAGCAGGAAGGAAUCUUGUACUCACAUUACACCAAUUGUCAACAACAAAGACUUCCUCCCAGGAGUGAAUUCAGCAGUAUUUGGAAACUGGCAUAAAAAAGGUAUCAAAAUAAUAUCAGAUCUAUUUGACAAUAAUAAUACAUUGAUAGAUAGCCUUUGCCCAGCUUCAAAAUAAAUCCUCUCAUCCAAGGAUUUCUAUGUUACAAAUUUGUCAUUUUGUAGCAUCUGGUAUUAGGGUGCCGUAGGACCCUUACAUGCUUCCAGGGCCAAUAGAAAAAUUCCUUAUCAAGUUUACUUUAAAUAAAAGGUUUUAUUCCAAGAUUUUAUGUUUUACAAUGAAGUGCUCAUAAUGAUGUUGGGAAUGUCUUCAGACAUUGGGAGGAGGAUCUAGGCAAGGUCUAUGGGAAAUAGGUUUGGGAGAACUGCUUUAAAUUAUCCCAUUCUUUGUUUUUGAGUAAUAAUUUUAAAGAAAUUCAAUAGAUGAAUAGAUCUAGAUCAAUAGAUGAAUACAUAGACAGCACAGGAUUCCAUAUUUUCUUAAUAAAAUAAAUUCCAAUUGAUCACCAUUGUGUCCCAAAUGUAGGACAAGGACAAGAACUUAUUUUCAUCUUUUCUGGGAAUGCCCUUCUAUAUCUAGGUUCUGGAAAUGUGUAACUAACUCUACAAUUUUCCUGAUGGAGAAUCCCAAAGGGAUUAAUAAAAUUUCUAUCUAAAGAGAUCAGUGCAACUAUAAAGAAUAGAGUUUAGAGAAUAGAGUAAAGAUCCAGGGCAGUGUCUAUUGGGGCUGUCUUCUCCAGAUAAAAUAAUAAAAGAUACACAAUUCCUGCUGACCAAUAAACUACUAUUAGGCUGGAAAUGUAUUCUGCGAAACUGGAUUUGUGAUAAGCCUCUUACGGUACAGGGAAAUAUUUGGCAAAUGCCACUCUUCAAAUGGAGAGUCUAAUUGCAAAAUUAAAUGGCAAAAUUGAAAACUCAAAGGCCCUUUGGCCUUUAAUCAGAACUGUGACUAUAAUAAUAAUAAUAAUAAUAAUAAUAAUAAUAAUAAUGGAGCAAGGGGGUUGCGGUCUAAGAGAGAAAUUCAAAUGAUUGACGUACAUCACUGCCAGAAUCUACAUUCUGAUCUAGUGAUCUAGCUUUAUACUUAUGUACUUAUGUAUUUAGUUAUUUAAUUUAAUUAUUUUAAUGUUUAUUUUUCUCUCUUUCAUCCAGAGAAAGAGUUUUUUUUUAUGUGUGUGUUUUUGUUUUUUUCUUUUACCUCCUCACAUGUCAGUUUAUAUUUAACUAC